CCUGCACAUACACAGACACUCUAGCUUUCACACACACACACACACACAUACUCUCUCUCUCUCUCACUUUCUUUCCCACUCGCUCUGGCUCUCUCUCUCGCGCGCUGCAUGGAGCGAGAGGGGGGAUUGGAAAGGAAGAAUGAGGAAGAAGUCCGCCUUGCUGCGCGCCUCGUCCCAACAAAUGCGGGUUUGCUGAUGAAGCGCCGCGCCGGUUAUCCGAUCGUACAGGUCGCGCUGCAUGGAAACGGGGAGUAGGCAACAUCAGAUAACAACAGCAACAGAUAAAAAUCUGUCAGUGCAUGGGAAUCCGGACACCUCUCCCUUUCUCUUUUACGUCUCAGUCGGUGGAUACGCCGCUUUGGCUGGCGUAUAAGAGCUCCCUGCGUCUCCAUUUCCAUUCCCCACUACUGGCUUACCUCUACUAGCCUACCACUACUACCACUCCUCCUCUCACUCAUUGUACUGCUAGCUGUAGUCUCGCUUUUAGGCUACUACUGACUGUCUUCUCCGUAUUGUGGACUCUCUCUGGAUAAAAAGGUUCAAAAUCCUCGUUAAUCGUUACUUCACAGUACUGCUUUGGGCAUCAACAUGGGUCGCUGGGAUCACUCCUCCCUCCUGUCCCCUGCCCUAAGGCUAGCUGUCCUCAGUGUUAUUCUCCUACUCGAGCUCCAUCCUUCGUUGGCUGGCGCUCCCCCUGAGCAGAGCUUGGGUGGCUCCGUUUCAGCUGUAUCUACUAAUAAAACUGAAUGCAGCAAAGCUGAGGUAUGCCAAAAGGGUGUGAUCCUUCCUAUUUGGGAGCCCCAAAACCCGUCAUUUGGUGACAAAGUGGCCCGAGCAACAGUUUACUUCGUGGCUCUGAUCUACAUGUUCCUGGGUGUGUCAAUCAUCGCAGACCGUUUUAUGGCAUCAAUAGAAGUCAUCACGUCACAGGAAAAGGAGAUCACCAUCAAGAAACCCAAUGGGGAAACCACCACCACCACCGUUCGGAUCUGGAACGAGACUGUCUCCAAUCUCACCCUCAUGGCUCUGGGCUCUUCGGCUCCUGAGAUCCUGCUGUCCGUCAUAGAAGUCAUAGGUCAUAAGUUCCAGGCUGGCACACUGGGCCCCUCCACCAUUGUGGGCUCUGCGGCGUUCAACAUGUUUGUCAUUAUCGGGCUUUGUGUGUACGUCGUGCCCGACGGCGAGACAAGGAAGGUCAAGCAUCUCCGCGUCUUCUUUGUCACGGCCACCUGGAGUAUCUUCGCCUAUAUUUGGCUCUACCUGAUCCUGGCCGUGAUCUCACCUGGUGUUGUGCAUGUGUGGGAAGGGCUGCUCACUUUCUUCUUCUUCCCCAUCUGUGUGUUGUUCGCCUGGGUGGCUGACCGCCGUCUGCUGUUCUAUAAGUACGUGUACAAGCGCUACCGCACUGGCAAGCAGCGUGGGAUGAUCAUCGAGACCGAGGGAGACCGUCCACUUCCUUCCAAGGUGGACAUUGAGAUGGAUGGGAAGAUGCUGAACUCUCAUGGUGUUGACUUCCUGGAUGGUACGCUGGGUUUGGAAAUAGAUGAGAAGGAUCUGGAUGAGGAGGAGACCCGGAGAGACAUGGCUAAGAUCCUGAAGGAGCUCAAGCAGAAACACCCUGACAAGGAGGUGGAACAACUCAUUGAGCUGGCCAACUACCAAGUCCUGAGCCAGCAGCAGAAGAGCCGCGCUUUUUAUCGAUGCCAGGCCACCCGGCUGAUGACAGGUGCUGGCAACAUCCUGAAGAAACAUGCUGCCGAUCAGGCACGAAAGGCCGUCAGCAUGCAGGAGGUUCGCGCUGAUGCUGGUGAUAACGACCCAAUCUCUAAGAUCUUUUUUGAGCCCUGUUCUUACCAGUGCCUUGAGAACUGCGGCACCGUGGCGGUGAACGUGAUGCGACGUGGUGGCGAUUUGGGCAAAACCAUUUCUGUGGACUACCGAACAGAAGACGGCACCGCCAACGCUGGCUCGGACUACGAGUUCACAGAGGGCGUGGUGAUCUUCAAGGCUGGUGAGACAAUGAAGGAGAUCCGUGUGGGCAUCAUUGACGAUGACAUCUUUGAAGAGGAUGAAAACUUCCUGAUUCACCUUUCCAAUGUCAAGGUGUUGACAUCAGAAGGCGAGGAGCCCGAGGAAGGCGAGUCAGCUAAUCAUGUGGACUCAAUAGUGUGUCUCGGCCUACCCUCCACAGCAACCGUAACCAUCUUUGAUGACGACCACGCCGGCAUCUUUACGUUCGAGGAGCCUGUAUUCCAUGUGAGCGAGAGUGUUGGCACCAUGGAGGUGAAGGUGCUGAGAACGUCGGGGGCUCGUGGCGUGGUCAUGUUGCCAUUCAAGACAGUGGAGGGAACAGCACGAGGUGGCGGAGAAGACUUUGAAGAUGUUCACGGCAUCCUGGAAUUUCAGAACGACGAGAUCUUUAAAACCAUCAAGGUGAGAAUUAUCGACGACGAGGAGUACGAGAAGAACAAAACCUUCUACUUAGAGAUCGGAGAGCCUCGCCUGGUGGAGAGCAGUGACACCAAAGAAGAACAACUGAAGGAACAGAAGGAGGAAGAAGAAGCGCUGACAGGAAAAGAUGAAGAGGAGCAGCGCAUUGCUGAUAUGGGCCGUCCCAUGCUGGGAGACCACGUCAAACUGGAGAUCAUCAUAGAGGAAUCAUAUGAGUUCAAAAACACAGUGGACAAGCUGAUAAAGAAGACCAACCUGGCUCUGCUGGUAGGAACCAACAGCUGGAGAGACCAGUUCAUAGAAGCCAUCACUGUGAGCGCAGGCGAGGAUGAUGACGACGAGGAGUGCGGGGAAGAGAAGCUGCCGUCAUGUUUUGACUACGUCAUGCACUUCCUCACCGUCUUCUGGAAGGUUAUUUUCGCCUUUGUCCCUCCCACAGAGUACUGGAACGGCUGGGCCUGCUUCGUCGUCUCCAUCUGCAUGAUCGGACUGCUCACCGCCAUGAUUGGGGACCUGGCCUCUCAUUUUGGCUGCACAGUGGGCUUGAAAGACUCAGUCACCGCAGUAGUAUUUGUUGCAUUGGGAACCUCUGUACCAGAUACCUUUGCCAGUAAGGUCGCUGCUACCCAGGAUCAGUAUGCAGAUGCGUCCAUCGGUAAUGUGACAGGCUCUAACGCUGUUAAUGUUUUUCUGGGCAUUGGGGUGGCGUGGUCCAUUGCUGCCAUCUACCACAGUAGCAGGGGGGAGGAGUUCAGGGUGGAUCCUGGCACACUGGCCUUCUCCGUCACGCUCUUCACCAUCUUUGCCUUUAUCGCCGUCGGCACGCUGAUGUACCGGCGGCGGCCAGAGAUCGGUGGAGAGCUGGGAGGGCCCCGGACAUCGAAGGUCCUGACCUCCAUGCUGUUUUUUAGCCUGUGGCUCCUCUACAUCCUCUUCUCCUCACUGGAGGCCUACUGCCACAUCCAGGGCUUCUAAGACAACAGGAGAUGACGAAGAAAAAGGGUGGGACAGAAGGAGAACAUGGAGCAAAAAAAACGAGGGAAGGUGAAUGAAUGGAUGGAUUUGGAAAUUAAAGCAGUCUCAUUGAUCGAUCACUCCCUCCCUUUACGCAGUAGAUUAAAUAACGGAUGAAUGGAUGGAUGUAGAGAUGAAGAAAUGGACACAUCAAAGCAUCUAAAAA